AAAAUAAUACAUCAAACUCUUUUUUUUUUUUUUUUUUUGAUUCCUUUCUCGAUCUCAUUCUCUUCCUUAUUCUUCCAAGAUUCCAGACGAAAUGGCUCAGAAGGUAGUGUUGAAGGUUUUAACCAUGACGGAUGAUAAGACCAAGCAGAAAGCCAUCGAAGCUGCAGCUGAUAUCUUCGGAGUUGAUUCGAUAGCAGCAGAUAUGAAGGAGCAAAAACUGACCGUGAUCGGUCUGAUGGAUGCAGUUGCGGUAGUAAAGAAAUUGAAGAAAGUUGGCAAAGUCGAUUUGAUAUCGGUUGGGCCGGCAAAAGAGGAGAAGAAAGAAGAGAAGAAGGAAGAAAAGAAAGAAAAAAAGAACAAGGAGAAGAAGGAAGAAAAGAAAGAAGAAGAACCUAAGAAAUAAGUAAAUCAAUAUUAUAAACCCUAAGUGUCUUGAAUAAUUUAAGAUGAAAAAUUAAUUGUUCAAUACAUAUUGUAAUAAAACUACGUGUAGAACAAUUUAUAGGAGCAACCAAAGUACACUC